CAUGGGAAAACUUGGCUCUUUGGUUCCAGUUCUUGGUUUUAUUUUGGGAACCAUUCUCUACCUCCAUAAACCCCAGCAGUACAACUUCCUACAAACCAUUAUUUCCAUUGAAAUGUACAGGUCGGGUUGCAGUCAAAAGCUUUUCCGAUGGUUCCAAAAGUUAGGUUGGAGCAAAGGAGUGAAAGGAACACGAAUAGCAGCUGAUAAAAUAUGCAGCGAAUUCGAUCAGAAAAUUGUGUCAUGGAAGAAUGAAAUACAGGUGGAGCUUGGAAUGCCUGAACCUCCUCAGCAACCAUUGAACGUGGACUUUGAAAGUUCAGAUACAGAUAGCUCACAUAACUCCCUAGCUUCCUCUGGUUCUGAGAUUACAAACCAAGAUUCCUCUGAUGUAGACUUCAGUAGUGAAGAUGAAAGUGAUAUAGUACCCCUACCAUUUGAUGAUUCCCUCCUUGAUGAACCUGAGGCGGAUGAACAAAAUCCAGGGUAUUCUGUUUGCUGGGACAAUGUUCAGAAGCUGAGUAUGACUCGCCACCACCUCCGGCAGGAAAAUAAGAUGAUGUUGUGGGCCUUGUGCUUCGCUGCUAAAAACCGUAUAUCCUUUCGUGACUUAGAUACAGUAGAUAAUACAUUCUCUGUAACAGAUAUAGGACUGCAGAACUACCUACCCUCUGAUACAGACUGGAGAAUACUGAGGAGUAGAAUGGAGCAUCUUGUACAGAAAAUAGUCCAGGUUUACUUUCCCCAGUUCAGUGAAAUGGAUGUUAAAGAUACUCCUCAUCAGUACACACAGCAGUCUCAAAAAAAGUCUGAAAUAGUGAAUCUGGGAGUUCUUCAGGAGAAUCCAUCUACUGCCCGUGGAGUACUGGAGAUUCUCAAGUACUUACACAAGUAUGUGCCAAUUGGACAAGACAGAAAUCCUUACCAAAUUCUUUGCCAUGGUGAUCAGCUGAGUGUGGAAAGGAUGGUUGAGGCAAAAUUAUCUAUGGCCUUCAGUGAGGAUGCAGAAGAUCAACUCACUGGUCUUGUCCCGCGUCCUCAGGGGUUUCACAAAAGGUGCAUCAUCCUGCAGGAUUCCAUGAACAUGCUCUUCAGUGGCAGCACUGUGGGUGACAAGGGUUCGUUAUGCCAUAUAAAAAACAAGUUCACCUUUCGAAGUGUUAAGAAAAAAAUAUCUGAUUGUGUAAAUUCAGUAGUGGACUUUUUCAAUUUUGUGACUGAAGGUUGUGUGUGCUUGAUAAUUUGCAAGCUACUAAAUAUCAAGAACAUUGAUGAGUUGUCAAAUCUUGUACCUGAUGAUGACAAAGAGAGGCAGGAUAUGUUUGUAGAUCUGUGCAAGCAGGUGGUUCAGCUAUCUUGGCCCCUGAUAGACACACAGUCAAUCCAGGAAGUAGUAGUCGGUGAAGCAGCAGAGGAUGUCCAGUACCACGACGAUACAAUCAUCUACUGGGACAACAAUCAGAUAUUGGAGGAUACGCUGCCAUAUCAUGAGGACUCUGACAAUGACUUUGUUGAUGAACCUGUCGCAGCACACCAGGAAAGUGGAGACUCAGUCUAUCAGUACAGCCGUAGCAUGUUGUGGCGUGGACUUCUCCAUAUGGCCCAGACACAUGCAAAACGCACCAACAAUGGAGACCAUAUCAUUUCAGAUUGGAGAAUGGACAUGGUGCAAUUCUGGAAUCAUAACCACAACAAAUACUUGAUUUUAGGUCAUCGCCUCCUUGGAGGUGUCAGUGGGUGUUUACCUCCCAGAUUAAGAAAUGAAGUCAUCUGGAAUAGCACUGCCAAUCUGACUGGAAAACCUGGACACAAUAUAGCCCUGGAUCUUGUGAAUGAAUUCCUGAAUAAUGAAUUCAAAUCAAACCUGAAGAAUUCUCAUGGGCAAUACACAGAUGCACAGGUGUCAAGAUGCAGCCAUCUAGUAGGGAGUGUUGGCAAGUCUAUUGAAGACAUUUUCCAAUCUGAUAUAAUUCAGGAUUAUAUCCCCAAGGCAACGACAACAGAUGGUUCCUCUAGACCUAAAAUUAAGAAAUUUAUUGAUGAGUACAGUGGAGAGAAUUUGUUUGAAGAUGAUGGUGAAAGACAUCACACAGGAUUUGAAAAUUUUGAGCACAAAGUAGGGGUGAACAAUCCAGAAAAGUUAAAAGCGAGGCUGCAAAAAUAUGGAAAAAGUAUGGAAAAUGAGGAAUACAUAUUCAAAAACAUAUGAUUUUGAGAUCAAACACAGUCAAUAUGCAGGUGGGGUUAAUUAAAUAUAUACAUUGUACGUACAUGUACAAAUCUUAUGUUCUUGAACAAGGACAGCAG